UACGAUAUCUCUCUAUCUACAAAUAUAAUAAUGUCUCGCAUUAGAAGAAACGAAAUUCCAAAUGUUACUUUAUCUAGAACUGAUUAUGACAAUUAUAGACAAAAAUUUUUAAGUUCUUUACAACAAGGUGUCUCCUUUUCUAAUCAAUUGAAUCUUCAUGAACAAUUAAGGAUCAUUAAAGACGAAAACUAUUUUACAACCAAAUUUUUUACGGCUGCGAAAAUUUAUACUAAAAUUGAUAGUGAUUCUUCAUUGUUAGAUUCUGACUCAGAACUCUACACAACUGACGAACAUAUUUUACAACAAUCCAGUUCAUUAAAUGAUGAUGAAUAG